AGAAGUUAAACUCCAUCGAAGAAGAAGGCAUCCAACAUUUUUAGCUGGACGCAUUGGUUACAUGCAUUUACUCUACUUUCUCCUUAACCACUUCACUGAAUCGCCUGGUACAAGCAAAAUACCUUUCCAACUACAGACACCAGUUUCAGGUCAGUCAGUUUCUGUGGCCUCAAACACAUUUUAAGCCUAAAUCCACUUUGUCCAGAAUGCAACAAAACAAAUUUACACAUUUUGAUGUGGAGAACCCGUUUUAAAGGGUAAAAGUGACACAAACCAAACAUAAUGUCUUAACACUAUCAACAAGGCAGGUCCUACAGGCGCUAGUUUUGUCGCACCUUGACUACUGUUCAGUCGUGUGGUCAGGUGCCACAAAAAAAUUACUUAAGAAAAUUGUAAUAGGCUCAGAACAGGGCAGGGCAGCUGGUCCUUGGAUGUACACAGAGAGCUAAUAUUAAUAACAUGCAUGUCAAUCUCUCCUGGCUGAAAGUGGAGGAGAGAUUGACUUCAUCACUACUUUUAUUUAUGAGAGGUAUUGACAUGUUGAAUGCACCGAGCUGUCGGUCUAAACUACUGGCACACAGCUCAGAGACCCAUGCAUACCCCACAAGAGGUCUCUUCACAGUCCCCAAGUCCUGAACAGACUAUGGGGAGGCACACAGUACUACAUAGAGCCAUGACUACAUGGAACUCUAUUCCACAUCAAGUAACUUGACCAAGCAGUAAAAUUAGAUUAAAAAAAAAAAAACAUUGGCACAAAGCAACACAAACAUCAGCACAGACACAUGCAUAUGAGUUAAGUUAAUUAGUUGAGUAUGUGGGAGCAAAAUACAUUAGUUUAGACAAGACCCUUACACUGUCAUCAGAAAGGGGUUCUCCAGAAAUGUUGAUCACAGCCUUGUUCUGGUCCUGCUCCAUGUGGUUGGAUAAUCUUGCUUUCUUCCUCCUCCUCUGUGUCGGCCUCUUCCGCAUCUUCACCUCUUUGUGAACCUUGCGUGGCUCGUCUUUCUGGCCUAAAAAAUCUUGGGAGGAGCCGGCCUCGCGGAGUGUCUUGGAUGAUCCUCAUCGUCACUGCUCGUGAAGUUGAAAGAAACAUAUGUGGGUGUGAUCUGAAUUCUUGCAGGGUUCUGGGGAAAGGACAAUGACCUCGUUAGUGGCCUAUGAUGAUUCUGACCAGGAGGAUGAUGACGGAGCACUCCCUCAUCUUGCCAACUGUCCCAUGGAUGAUAUCAGGCAGUCCCAAGGAAACCAGAAAUGGUUGGAUUCUAACUUCUAUGGACCAUUAUUACCCAGUCCCCAUUACAAACAACUGGAAAUAGGACAAUGUGGUGAUGGUAGGACAGUGUCUGAACCUCACAGGGAGAUUUAUCCCCUUCCAUUGGGUCUCUCAGGGGUUGUGGAGAACAGCUCAAACUCAAAACCAUACUCUGCUCCACAAUACUGUGUUAAUUUGACCACAGCGAAGAGGCAUCCGGCUGCACCACUUGGUGUCUCGCCAUACAUUCCUAAGAGACAGAGGUUGGCCACACAAGGAACGAGAGAAGAACCAACCUCUUUGGAAACGAAUGAUAAGUCCACUGUCUCCAGGCUGCUGACCGAGGUCUCUGAGCGGGUGCGUCCGUACCUGGGGCCCAGGCCUGGCAGGGCAGCGGUGCCCAGGUGCAUGCAGCUCAGCCUCCAGGCCCACCAGGCUCCAAUCAACAUGAUCCAGUGGUGCCCAGUGCCCCAGCUCAGCCAUCUCCUACUGUCUGCCUCCAUGGACAAGACUGUCAAGAUUUGGGAUGGUGCAGAGAGUGGGCAGUGCCUGCAGGUAUACUCCUCCCACUCGGGGGCGGUGCGAGAUGCCUGUUGGUCCCCCUGUGGGCGACGCCUCCUCACCGGCUCCUUUGACAACACGGCCAUGGUGACGGACGUGGAGACAGGACAGCAGAUCGUGAAGGUGGGGAACCAGUUCAAGGUGAUGUGCUUGGCAGUGCAGCCCAACGACCCUGAAGUGUUCCUGUGUGGGGGUUACAGCGCAGAGGUCAAGGCCUGGGACGCCCGUACCUGCAAGGUGGAGAGGGUGUACAGGGCACGGAUCCAGCAGACUCUGGCCAUCCUGUUCCUGACCGGGGGCAGGGAGUUUGUGACCAGCAGUGACUCGGUCAGCCGGGACUCUGCCGAGCGCACGCUCAUUGCCUGGGACUUCCAAACCACCGCUAAGGUCUCCAAUCAGAUCUACCAUGAGCGGUACACGUGCCCCAGCCUAGCCCUUCACCCCCAGCAGGACUCCUUUGUAGCGCAGAGCAAUGGCAACUACAUGGCCCUAUUUUCUACCCAGCGCCCAUAUAGAAUGAACAAGAGGAGGCGGUAUGAAGGACACAAGGUUGAGGGCUAUGCGGUGAGGUGUGGCUUCUCUCCGGAUGGGUCCAUACUGGCCACGGGCAGCUCCACAGGCUCCGUCCACUUCUACGACCAGCAGAGUGCUCGGACGCUGCACACGCUGCUCGCACACCAGCAGGCAUGCAUGUGUGUGUCUCUGCACCCUGUGCUGCCCGCUGUGGUGGCAACGUGUGACUGGGGUGGCGAGCUCAGGAUCUGGCAGUGAUUGGCACAAAGAAGGGGAGGAAUUAUAACACCCAGACACUACAAACAUCCAGGCAUCCUUCCUAUCCGAGCUGCCGGAGAGAAAAGAAACUGCUCAGGAAUAUUUCCAUAAGGGCAAUUUACUCUUCAUACUGAAAUUUGCUUCCAUUCAAAUACAUACCUGUUGACCAAACUGCUGGCAGUUGUCUAUUGCUUAGCUUAUAUCAUAACUUCAAUCAAAUGUCAAGGCAAAAAUGUAAAAUAUACUUUGGUACCAUAGCUUACUCAGGAAUUAGUGUACAGGAUUCUUACUCUCAUUGUAAAUGAACGACGUGAUGACCCUGUUUGUCACAGCUAUAAUAAUAUAAUAAAAGUACUGACCUAAUUCUACAUUCAUUGUCA